AUGAGCAGGGAGGAAUGUGAGGAUACAGUAUACGUGAGGAGAGAUGCCAAGGAAGCAGUGUGGUCAUACUUGCCUGAUCUCCCUGAUGAGCUACUUACCACCAUGCUGGAUGAGCUUGGGGUCGAGUCUAUUGAUGAUCUGACCUUGGUGGAGGAGAGGGAUCUGGUGAAAUACCUCAAACCUAUCCAAAGUCGGAAGUUAACACUCUGGGACCCCAGAGGGUUAAUGAAAGGCAUCAAGAACGGACUUGUUACUCUUAACUUGGAAUUGGUCUCUGCUCCUGAUCCAAGUGCUCCAAGUUCCCCAACUCAAUGUUCUCCAACUCCAUGUUCUCCAAGCACCACAUUCCAGCCUCCAAAUCAGCUGUUGCCCAGCCCUCCAAGCACUGCCCCAAGCACGUCAAGCGCUUCACAGCCUGGCGUACCAUGGCAUGUUGACUUUCGUUUCAACUGGGACCAGGUGUCAUCAGCCAUUCGACUCAGGGUGGAAAAAGAAGAAAGACCAUUGCCAGACGAGAGAAAGACCUUCGUGGUCGUGCUCGUGGACCAAAUGAUGCAGCACGACCGCAACCCAUCCAGAGCCAUGUGCCACAGCGUUGUGAGAAACAUUGUCAGGAGCCAUCCAAAAUCAUUUGGCGACAUUGGCAAGCACGGUGAUACUGCUGGAGACGGAUGUCACUCUCUUCUGCAACAAGUAAAAACGAGAGUGGAGUACAAAAAUAGGAAUAAUACUCUUGCUCAACGCCGCAGAGAAAGAAGACCACGCACGGGAAUGGUAGGAGAGGCCAGACUGGCGAGAGGUCCUGUUGACCGAUACGGGUGUGUCAGGUGGGGCCCAGCAGAUUUGCCAGCGGGGGAGACCGAGGCAACGUUGGAGAAUAUAAAGAGGGAUCUGCUGAACAUCUACUCAGAGCAAGGAAUGAGUGGGGCAGAGAGAGCAGAACCAAUGAUGGAAAAGACAUACGUCAUCCUGCGGAAAUACCUUAACAAAGUGCCUGCUGCAGCGAUGUUUGAGAUCAAACAGGAAUGGCCAUUUCUCUUCUCUCAGAAAUGCCUAUUUUCACACUUUGGCCUCCUGACAGAUGUCGAUGUCCUUCAGAAGCUACAGGAGGCAAUUAGUCGACGAGGACAGACCAUCCUGGAUUACUGUGCAACACUGGACAACCCCAAGAUCCGUGAUGUUCUGGCCUGCUAUGAUCCAGACUCUGACAAGGCUGCCUGCAUCCUACUGCUCCUAAUGUUGUACUUCAAAGAGCCGAAAGAGAGUUUGAUGCUCGAAGUUGAUCCAUGUGCCACUGCUGUGGACAUCAAUAUUGCAGAACUCCCCAGCACCCCGUGCCUGAUCAUUCAAGGUGACAUGAUGAAGCCCUCUGGAUGGUUUAUGUCCAUCGAGGGACAUGUCGUCAUGGGCCCACACCCUUUCUUUUUACACGGAGUAGCUGCUUUCUUCAGCAGCUAUUACGUUUUUAACCUUGAGUAUCCUGCCGCUGGAUCUUCGACCCUGGAGUUCAUUCAAAGGUGCUUCCUGGGCAUCAAUCCCGAAAGAGGCUCAAAAGCAAAGAAGAGGACAACAAUGAACCCUCAUGUGAGCACCCUUUUGAGGAAGCUGAUUGAUUUUGAGUGGGCAUCAUAGUUUUUUUUUGUUUCUGUUUUCAGCGGUAGUUGUCAGGCUCAGUUUUGAGUACCCUUGUUCUUUUCUUUUCUUGUCCAUUACUGUUAUUGGCACACAGCUAGUUGAAUUGUUGAAUUUUGAGAUAUGGGUAGUUGAAUUGCAAGUUUGCACAUUUUCUUUGCAUUUUAAGAUGGUUUUAUUACUGUUAUUGUGACUCAGCUAGUUAAAAAGUUGAAUUGUUAAACAGGUAGUUGAAAUGCAAGUUUGCACAAUUCUCUGCAUUUUCUGCAUUUUAAGAUGGCUUUUAUAAAUAGAAAGUUGCAUUUCUAUUACAACUCUUGAACUUGGCAUCUGCUUUACAAUGAAAUAUAUUUAUUUGUUAAUAAAUAUGCCAUUUGGCUAACGUUGA